AUUGCGCUAAUUUCAGUACAUUUGAACAAUAUGAACAAUUGAUCGCAACGUGAAAGUUCUUCAAAUUUUUUUAAUUGACGAAAAAUGGCAGCCACCCCCAGAGCAGAGGGCCCUCCCGAAGAAGUAAUAAAGGCAGUUGGCUGUGCCCAUUACAAAAGGAAAUCGAAAUUUGUGACACCGUGUUGCAAUAAAGUGUACACAUGUCGAUUUUGUCACGACGAAAAAGAAGACCAUACCGUAAACCGAAAGGAAGUCACAGAAUUGAUAUGCACACUUUGUGAAACUAGGCAACCUGUGCAAGCCGAAUGUCAGAACUGCGGUAUUCGAUUUGGCAAGUAUACAUGUUUGGAAUGCAACUUAUUCGACGAUGAGGAUAAGAACCAGUAUCAUUGCAGCGGGUGUGGCAUUUGUCGGAUAGGCGGUGCAGGCCGAUUUUUCCAUUGUGAGAAAUGCAACAUGUGUUUACCAGUUCAGUUAAAAAAUGGCCAUAAGUGCGUUGAGAAUGUUUCCCGAGCCAAUUGUCCUGUUUGUUUAGAAGACAUCCAUACUUCAAGAAUUCCGUGUCACAUACCCGACUGUGGGCACCUUUUGCAUCGCACAUGUUUCGAACAGUUACUACAGUCUGGCCAUUACGCAUGUCCUAUCUGCCAGACGUCGCUGAUGGACAUGACGCAACUGUGGAAGUACUUGGAUAACGAAGUCGCGCAUACUCCUAUGCCGCCCGAGUAUAGUAAUUACAUGGCGGAUAUACUUUGUAAAGACUGUCAUAAGGAAAGCACAGUAAAAUUUCACGUUGUUGGUUUAAAGUGUACUCAGUGUGGAUCCUACAAUACAUGUCGUAUAAAAGGUCCUCCGUGUCCAAUAGCAGGUGAGACAGCAUCAAAUAACACUAACAGGGUUGCAUUAUCUCCCAAUCCGAACUUCUUGGACGAUCAUCCCGACAGCGGUAGUGGUCAUGCAGAUAAUUCCGAAGGAUCUUCGAAUAAUUAAA